CUGUGGUACUGMGGUAGUAGUAUUGAAUGAUUGAAUGAUUCACCAAAUCACAACAACAACAACACAAGUCAACAACAACUAACAACAAUUAGAACUCACUUACAAAAUAGUUCCUAGCGCAUACAUUGUUGUAUACCUAUUGUGAUAUUUAAAUUCCACGAUGGAGAAAAACGGAAACACCGAAGAUUUGCAAUAUGAAAACGGCAACUCCGUCUCUACAAACUGUAGUACACAGACAACACAAUUUGAUGGGUUGACUGGGUUGCAUCAAUCUGGCCAUGACACUGGCGACGCUUUUGGUUCAUUAUUUAAAAGUGCAACUCGUCAAAGUUUUGGUAUUAGUUCAACAGAUAAGGAUGCUUGGUAUUACAAUAUGCAUCAUAAGUAUCGUGGAAAGGCUAUAAUCUUUAACCAUGAACACUUUCAAGUUAGAGAUCUUAAAUCUAGAGCUGGAACUGGAUUAGAUUGUAUAAAUUUAGAAGCAUCUUUAAAAAACCUUGGAUUUGAUGUUACACCAUAUGUUGAUUUAACAUUAGAUGAACUGGAUAAAAAACUUGACUAUUGGGCUAAAGAAGAUUAUACAAAUUAUGAUUGUCUUUUGAUGGCUGUUUUAUCUCAUGGUGAACAAGGCAUAAUUUAUGCAAAAGAUGGAGCUUAUAAACCAGAAGAUAAUCUUUGGGGACGGUUUACUGGUGACAAAUGUGUUACAUUAGCUGGAAAACCAAAGCUUUUUUUUAUACAGGCUUGUCAAGGAGACCGAUUGGAUGCUGGCGUUCAGUUAAGAACACAAGUGGAUGGAUCAUCUUCAUUUAAAAUACCUGUUUAUGCCGAUUUUCUUAUAGCAUACUCUACAAUUCCUGGGUUCUAUUCUUGGCGCAAUACUCAAAAAGGCUCUUGGUUUAUGCAAGCUCUUAGUGAUGCCUUCAAUAGAUAUGGUUAUCAACUAGAUCUUUUAACUAUACUGACAUUUGUUAACCGUCAAGUGGCCAUUGACUAUGAAUCUAAUGUUCCUGGUACUGUUCAAAUGCAUCAGCAGAAACAAAUACCAUGCAUUACAUCAAUGUUAACAAGAUUAGUAAAAUUUGAAAAGAAAAAUUAAAAAUGUACAUUCAUUAAAACAUAAGGCUAAGGUUGCAAAUUUUAAUUUUUUUAAUAAUAAUUUUAUUAUAUACUUGUUCAGAACAAUUUUGUAGUUAGAAUUUUAAUAAGUUUUAACUAAUGGCUAAUAUUAGUUUUAAAUUACAGUUUUAGAUUAUCAAAAUCUAAGAGAAUUGUGUGGCAGUACAAUUUUCAAUUAAGUAUUAUUUAAAAAUGUGUUCAAAAUUAAAAAAAUUUAAAUUUGUGUCUUAGAAUACAAAAGAUACUGUGAUUUAAACUAUCAUUAAUUUAAUUUUUAUAGCAGAUUACUUAAACUACUUUUUGAUAGUACUGAUUUUUAAAAAAUAGAUAUGAUAUUAUUGCAUUAUAUAGAACAAACCUGAUAAACAAGUGAUAUACUUUUUUUACUUAUAGGUUAAUCUAACCUAAAAUAAAAUAGAUUUUAUAAUUUUAACAUUGA